AUGAAGUUUCUGGUAUUCGCUGUCAUCAUUGGGUUACCUUUGCUGCUCAGAAUCCAAGCGGUGCCUGUAAACCGUCUCUCCUGCUACAGAAAGAUACUAAAAGAUCGCAACUGUCACAGCCUUCCAGAAGGCAUGCCUGACUUUACACAGCUGGACGCAAACGUCCAGGGUCACUUCUGGGAUGGAAAAGGAUGUGAGAUGACAUGUUACUGCAAUUUCAGCGAAUUGCUCUGCUGUCCGAAAGAUACCUUCUUUGGACCAAAGAUCUCUUUUGUGAUUCCUUGCAACGAUCCCUGAGAAUCUUCAUGUAUUCCGGAGAACACCAUCCCUAAUUUCCCGCAAAUAACACUAUAUCAGUGUAACUGCAUUUCCAGUUUCUAUGCAGUGCAAUAAAGCACAGCUUCUAUAAUUUUGCACUUGUCCAAGACAAGUGUACCUGUGUUCAACAAGUAGUAAUAAAAGUUUAGUUCAAUCUA